CAUGUCUCCUCUGGCUGGGGUUCAAAGUGUUGUUUCUUGUUUAUUUGGUGUUAUUGUAUGCCAUUUAUUUGUAUUGAUGUUUAUUUCAUGUAUUAUGUACAUGUUUCUAAGUGUAUUUUAAGAAAGGGGAAUGGCCUUGGUUAUGUCCCAUGUGUUUUGUGGGUGCCCAUCACCGUCAGGAACGGCCCUCCACCCUAUUUAAGGACGGUCCUCCCAUAGUUCCUUGCAGUUCAUUGAAUGCACAAGUGAAUGGAGAGUUUUUAUUGGCAUAGCCGGCAGGAUUCGUUGUUUGCAAUGUCUGAAGAACGAGACCCAAAUACAGAGCAGGAGACCAUACUGACAGACCACCAGAAAGUGCACCUGGAAGAAACUAGGACCCAACUCGCAGAGAUGGAGGCUCCGCUCGCUGUGGCAGAAGUGGGAAAACCGGAGGCUGCUGUACCUCUCCCUCCUCCAUUACUGACCCUUUCGGAGGAGGACGAUAUUGAGUCAUAUAUGCUAAUUUUUGAGCGCACCGCUACACUUAAUCUUUGGCCAAAGACGGAGUGGGCAUACAUACUCGCGCCGUACCUGAAGGGUGACGCACAGCGGGCUUACUGCAAUCUCUCGGAGGAGGAGGCUGCCGAUUACGACACUCUUAAAGACGAGAUUUUCAAGUACUAUGGCAUCACUGUGGACCAGCAGGCGAGGGAAUGGAGGCAGUGGAAAUUUGACCCUGAUAAGCCCAUAAAGACCCAGGCUUUUGAAUUCUGGAGGAAAACGCGGUGCUGGUUACGACCAGAUGUCAACAAUGCCAGACAGGUCGUAGAGCAGUUUGCCUGUGAGGCCUUGGUUAAUGCCCUGCCUGACCAUCUCGCUCAGCAGGUCCGUAGACAUCCCUAUAGAAAUAUGGAUGCCCUUAUAGAGGUAAUCGAGCGACACUGGCUGGUUUCCAAGAUGGAGAGGUCAGAACGGACCGCUCGCCUAGCCCGUCAGGGAUGUGUCAUUCAACCUGAGCCCUCCCAUUGCAGUACUGAGCCUCUGGUUAAGCCUAAAGAAAAACUUCCCAGUCUUCCCCGCUGUUACAAGUGUGGGGAGCUGGGACAUAUCAUCACCUCCUGCCCUCUUGGGGCCAAGCUGAUGGAUUGUUCCUGGGCAUGUGGGGAAAGAAAAACUGAAGAUUAGUAAACAAAUCUUGCCUCAAACCCAUGCAAUAAAUACACUUCUGGUUCCUCUUCUGAAGACUUCACUUCUGGUCCCAUAUUGAUGACUUCACUUUCGGCUACCGAUGAAAAUGUCAUUUCCAUCUUUCGCUACCAACUUCACUUCCACCGACUCAUUUCUGUUUGCUGUCUUUGUAUCAUUUCCUGCCAUCAUUACAUAAGACUCGCAAAGCAUUUUCUCAAUGUCAAAUGUGUAUUUUCUGCAAUUUUGACCACCGUAUCAGUCAUUUAAUAUUUCUCGAGUUCAAUAUUACAUGGGAAAUUCCCCCAACUCUUGACCUUUUUGUUCCUGUGUUUAUUUCUUUACACCGUAUAUGAACAAUAGUUACAUUACAUACCUUCUCAAACUACUUCAGUCUAAUUCAGGGUAGUCUGAAA